AUAAGAAUUGGAUCGGUCGCCAUCGGCUCUUAACCCGAUAUCCCACCGCCCAUCGAUCGAUUUCACCCCCCGAUUCAUUGUUUUCUUCUCCAUUUGUUCCCUGUUUUCUCUAAUUUCCAACCACCUUCGAUAUUUUUUUUUUUUUUUCCUCCACCCAACCCUUCACCGCCUGAAAUGUUUACAUUGACUCCAAUGGAAAUAUAGAAUAGAGUAUUUGAUCAGAUAUAUCUUCUUCUUCGUUUUCGGCCACUCCCUCGCCGUUCCACAUACCGACUGCUUCUUCUUCUGCUCUGAUUUCCCUCGCCUGUAUCGAUUUUGAGAGUGACCACCACUGAUUUUGGGUCGGUUCUUCUGUCUUUGCUUCCGUCGUUGAAAUCUCCAUCGGAUGUUUCUGUUUUCUUUAUCUCCUUUCCAAUCAUCAACCGACCAUCCUGACCCGAAUUCUGUGCUGUUUUCGUACCACCUCCACUCAUCACUCACAUCCCACUUUGUCAACAGUAGUACCGCCGUCUCUCUUCCCUUGACCGAUUCGGGGUUAGCUUCUGAGUCCGGAAUCCUCAAACUGCACCACGCUUAUUCACCAUCCGGAUCGGCGUACGGGAAGGCAGUCUUCCAAUUCCGCCUCCGUCCUUCCCUGUUGUUUCAGAUUACUGCUUCACAGUUUGAAGCUCAUUAUGGAUGGGCAUCCAAACAUCAACAUUGCCCUUAUUCUUUAGCAUCUGCAGGAUUAGAGGACUCUUUCACUCUAUACACAGUUCUUAAAGCACAAGACUUUGAAAAAGCAGAUAAUGAUUUCAUCUCCUCAGGACUAACAAGACUAACAUCAGCCAUGACUUUGGUCGUGGUGAUUCUUAUGCAAGUCCCUCCGCCACUCCCCGCUGUCAUGGUAAAAACCCACCACAACCGUGUUUAUUUUGUCGAGUACAGGAGCCCCAACCCUUACUCCUUCCUCCCCUCGUAUCAAUUUCUUACAGAAUUGGUAACUGGAAAAGAACCACGGGAAGGAGAUGGGGAUAUGAAUCUAGCAGAAUGGGCAUGGAGGUAUUUCAGCGAAGUGAACUCCAUGGUUGAAGCUUUGGACCCAGAAAUCAAGCAGGCUAAUAGUUUCAUGGAAGAAAUCACCUUAGUGUUCAAACAGGCUCAUUUCCACAAGCUAAUUCGGAAACUGAUGCUACCCCCAUAGCUGAUUUGGGUUCAAUACACACACACUGAAAAAUUAAAAAACACACACUCACACUCAAUUUUAUUUUCUGGGUUUUGAAAAAAUCGGAGCAGUCUUGUAUUUGGGAACAUGUUUUAAUAAUUUGGGCACCACAUCGGUCCUGCUCUCGUUUCUUUGGAAGAAACUGAUGCCUCGUCGUCCUCUUCUGCCUUUAGCAAUCAAAAAGGAGAGGAGGGUGGGGUAAUGGGCUGGUGGCAGAACAGUGGUGGUGCGGAGGUGGUGGAUGCCUUGCCUCAUCGGUCCUGCUCUCGUUUCUUUGUUACCGGCGACGUUCGUGGGUGAGACGGGGAAGGAGUGGUGGAGCAAUGGUGGUGGGGUGUAAUACCGGACCAGAGGAGGGCGAUGGCAGGUGGUGCAGUGGCUGCCUCAAGAUCGUCGGAGGUGGCAGCCCUUCGUAUUCGUUGAAGUAGAGAUCGAAAGAAAAAAAUGAGCUGUGUGCUUUAUUCUGAGAGAGAGAGAGAGAGAGAGAGAGAGAGAGAGAGAGAGAGAGAGAGAGAGAGAGAGAGAUGUGGGCCCCAAAUUAGUUAAUUAUUUUAUUUUUCAUUUAAAUUAAAUAGAAAAAGCAUAAAAAAUAUAUCACGGCAUAAUAGUCUUUUCAGUUUACUGAGGGACCAAAAACACAAAGAAACUAGCUCAAAAGGAUCUCCAAUCCAAAAAAGUCGUGGUUUGGACUAAAACCCCAAAAAAGUGCAUACCAUAGGGACCAUUUUUACAGUUUUGUCAUUAUUUUAUUGUUGCAUAUAGUGUUUUUGUUUUUCUGAAAAGGACUAAUGAAUUACAUGGAUUUCACUUUCAUAGUUUCAUAUCCCUUAUUUGGAUCUUAAAACAGCUUCCACAUGAGAGGUUGUUCUUGGCACACAAAAUGGCCAACUUUAUGAAAUUACUGUUGAUGGGAGAGAUAAGAGGAGAAAUUCGUAAAAUUUCUAUUCGAAUUAUCUGAAUUCCCAGUAUCUUUUGAAGGGUUGCAGGUGUAAUCUAUUUGUUAUUUCUUUUAAUUUAAUCUUUUCUCAAAAUAAGAAGUGAAGUUUGAGUACUUCCCACGAUUCCGAUCCAGAGUAUUCUUCCAUUCACCGCUUAAGUAAAUAACUAUCAAGAACGAAGUAAUCCUUUAACUUUGUUUAACGUCCCCCCUUUUGAGAAAGGAGAAUAGGAAGGAAAAAACUCGAAAGACUUAAUGGAAUUUCCCUAGAAAAAAAUAGUUGACAUAUUUAAGGUAUUUUUCUCCCAAUUUUAUGUACAUUUCUUGUGAAAAUAACUGAUGAUUUUAUUUCAAUGUAGAAUCUAUGAAGGUGUUCUCAAGAAUGGCGAAUUCAUAACAAAUAUUAAUACGGGAAAGAAAAUUAAAGUGAACUCUAGAUGGUUUGAUAUAUAAAUGUGUUUAAUGCAAGAAAUAGCAACAUAUUUUUGUUUAUUUGUUUAUUAUAUUAACAUUGUGACAGGUAUCCAAAUUAGACCGGAUGCAUUGAGAUUCUAUGGAGUUAAUUCCCAUUAAAACUCUUUUACUUUCCAUACAUAAAUAAAUAGUUAUGAAUAAUUUUGAAUGUUUAUUUAUGGAAAUUACCAUUCAGGACAAUGAAAAAGCUCAUGCAAGUCAAAUUGUAGCAGUGUUUGGUUUAAUUAUGGGAGUUACCAUUCAGGUCAUUCAGAAUAGUCAACUAACAUCCCCAUAUGAACCAUAACAGUUAUAAAUAACCUAUUGUUCGAUCUUAUUAGAAGUUGUUGUCCCAAAAGAUGAGUUAUGAAUAUGUCUUUUUACCAUUUUAAUAAUAUUCAUGAUUGCAUUUUGUUGUUUUUUAAAUAUUUUAUCCGAGUAGAAUGGGUUUGUUUGGUCUUUAGAUCUUUUGUCAACGUUGAAGUUCUGUAAUUUUCCUUUUUUGCCCC